AUGACAACAAAAACGGUUGUGAUGAUGUCAGACACUACUAGAAACAGAGGGACCCACUUAUUAAAGAAGAGAGAAAGUGUGUCUUCCCUAAGUAGUCAUGAAUUCCGGCAGAAGGAGCUUCCUGGCCGUACCAAAGUCUCCCUGAGUACUGUGUCUCAUAUGGAUGAACCUAACCAGCGGGAUGAUGCCUCUCGCCUCACAGUUCAAGUGGAAAACACCUAUCAGUUAGGUCCUACAAAACGUUUUCCUGUGGUCUCUGUCAAUCAUAUUUUGAAAGAUGUGUUAACUAACCAUCUGCAAGAAGAAAAAUAUGAACCAGACCUCUGUAGACAGAAGACUAAAACUAUUUCUGAGAUUAUUAAAACCCGGGUCAAGGACUUGAUGAUUCCACGGUAUAAGUUAAUCGUGAUUAUCCACAUUGGACAACUGAAUGGGCAGAGCAUACAUAUUGGAAGCAGAUGUCUCUGGGAUCCUAAAAGUGAUACUUGCUCAUCUUAUGUUUUUAGAAACUCUUCUCUUUUUGCUCUUGCAAAUGUUUAUGCAGUUUACUUUGAGUAA